CUGUUUAACUUCAGAUAUACUGGUCAUUAUUUCCUCUCCACUUUACUGUACUCUGUAUUCCUUGGCGUGGUGGCUGUCGAUAGAUUCUGCCUUGGCUACUCAGCAAUAGCUGUUGGAAAACUGAUGACUCUUGGAGGACUUGGAGUGUGGUGGAUCAUCGAUAUUUUCCUUCUGGUCACCGGAAAUCUAACUCCAGCCGACGACUCUAAUUGGGAGCCUUAUUACUGA